AUGCGACCCUUCCACCUCGCUGGCAUCUGCACUGCGCUCGCCGCUCUUGUGUCGGGGCAGACCGUCUACCUCGCCGGCGACUCGACCAUGGCGCGGAACGGAGGCGGUUCAGGCUCAGACGGCUGGGGCCAGUACCUUGGGCAGUACCUCUCCAUCCCCGUCGUGAACAGUGCCAUCGCCGGUCGGUCGUCGCGGUCAUACACGGACCAAGGCCGAUUUGACACCCUCAUCAACACAGUCAAGGCAGGCGACUUUGUCGUACUCGAGUUUGGACACAACGACGGCUUGUCGGGGGCCACGGAUAAUGGCCGCCAGGUUGCAUUUGGCCCUGAUUAUGGGACAACGGCGACUGUGACGACGUCAAGCGGCACGUCGAUCGUCAUCCACACCUUCAGCUACUACAUCCAAAACGCCGUCAACGCGCUAAAGGCGAAGGGAGCAAUCCCUAUCGUCUCUUCGCAAACGCCCUCCAACUACUGGACAGGCAACGCCAUCUCCGCCCCACCGCGUUUCGUCGAGUACGCCCGACUCUCCGCCAGCCGCACCGGAGUGACAUACGUCGAUCACUUCGCCUACGUCGCCGACUCAUACGGGGCCCUUGGGCAGUCGACGGUCGUCACGUACUUCCCUGUGGACAACACCCAUACGUCGCCGGCAGGUGCGAACGUUGUCGCGCAGGCGUUUGUCCGUGGCUUGACGUGCGGAGGAAGUGCGUUGGCUAGCAAGGUGAACGCUGCUGGAAGGGCUGUGUAUCGCGCAGGAAAAUGCGUAUAA